UGAUCCAAAUGCUUGCAAAAACCUCUUUUUUAAUCACUCAAAUUGGACCGUUGUGAUCAAGUUGUCAUAUAACUGAAAGUCACAAUGCAGCUACUGUAUCACCCAUGGACCCUCCUUGCUCUCAAGCAGUAUUUAUAGGCAACUCCUCCAUGCCUAGGUGCUUCAACCCAGCUCAAAGCUCCCAACAAUCUGUUCUUCACCUCUUUUUUUAAUUUUUGUCUCUUGAAAUCUUAAGCAAAACUCUAAAAACUUCUUAUUUUCUUAGUUUUAAUUUCGCUCUGUUGCAAAAGUAGCUGUUUAAAAAAUGUCAAGCAACCGGAAAAAGCUGGUCCUUAACACUGUUUCAGUCAGCUUAGGCUGCAGCAGCUGCAAGAAACCGAAGCUAAGCAGUUUUUUCAACCCGAAGCCGAAACCAAAACCUAAAUACCACUCUUACAAGACCCAUUCUCUUUGCAAUUACUCUUCUUCAAGCUCCUCCAAGAAAACAACCAAUCAUUCUUUCUCCGAUUACGAAACCGCCACCUCUUUUUCUCCGAGCACAGACAAUCCUCGGUACUGGGACAUGGACACCGACACAGACCAAGACUCCAAGUCUUCAAUGGCAACAGUACGAGGGUUCGGACGUAUCGGGGGAGAGAGCCUGGCUGUGGAGAAAGACUCUGAUGACCCUUACUUGGAUUUCAGGCACUCCAUGUUGCAAAUGAUAUUGGAGAAAGAGAUAUAUUCGAAAGAUGAUUUAAGGGAGCUUCUCAACUGUUUCCUGCAGCUGAAUUCGCCUUAUCACCAUGGAAUUAUUGUUAGAGCUUUCACGGAGAUCUGGAACGGAGUGUUCUCUGUCAAGCCUGGUGGUGGUGCUUCCCCGAAGCUGCAUUUUGGGUUCAGGUCUCAUGACUUCUAGGUGCUGCUGCUGCCACGCAUUUUCUUUGGGGUUUAGCUUCAAGUACGGUCCAAUGGCUUUAAUAAAAUACUAGUAAAUUCUGACAGAUGUUUAUAAACAAGGUGGUAUUUAAGGAAAUAUUUUCUCGUUUAAUGCAAUAGUAAAUUGUUUCACGCAUUAAAGGAAAAUAUUUCUUUAAAUAAAUCUUUUUAAGAAGUGUGUUCAUGGUACUCCAUAGCUAAUCUUCAGUAAAAGUCUUGUAAAAGGCUCAGCAAAAUUUGGUAUAUGGGUCUUUGUGUAAGCAUAUGGUAGUGUAGAAGUUACUCUUUUGAACUUUGGCAAUGGUUGUGGCAAAAUUAAUAGAAAUAAGCCGUAUCAUCUUUUUUUGUUUCAUUUUCUUUCCAUUUUGGCUAUUCACAAAGUUAUACCAGCUGACAAGUUUACCCCACAAAAGGGUUUUUUCGCUGUAAGGGUAAAGUUGAGGUAUGGUUGCAUAAAUAAAAUGUUGAGAAACGUUUAAAUA